AUGCAAAAUUCUUCUGAAUUGCCUAAUAAAGCUAGCGACCACGCAGAGUUAGAAAUCGUUAAAAAUUCUAUUUCAGAGAUAAUCAAUAAGAACAGUAAGUGUUUAGAAAAACUUGAAAACGUAAAAACAGAAACCAAAGCAAGCCUGAUUAAUUUUCAAAUAAAUUUCCUUACUAACGAUCUCAACAGCAAGCUCAUAGAAACCGAAAACGCUUUAAACGUUCUUAACACCUUAAAAAAUAAGACAGCUGAGAUUUUGAGUAUACCAAUCACUCCAAUAUUAGAGACUGAUUUUAGGGCAACUUGUUCAGCAUAUCAAAGCUGUCCUAGUAUUUAUGAUCCACCGCUAAUGCAAGCUUACCAAGAUUAUCUUAAUGCUUAUCAGCAAAAGACAUCUCUUUAUAAUCUUUCAGAGUGUAAAAGCAACAAGACUUAUUUACAUAUAUAUAACACUGAAACUGAAACCAAAGAAGUUAAAAUUUUGGAGACUCCACAAUCACUAAACCAUCAAACUAGCAUAACUCAACUUCCAAAUGGCAAACUAUUCUGCUAUGGAAAGUAUCCAUGUUCUGGUAUUACAGCGAUAGUUGAUGUAAAUGGUAAGGUCGAAAUUUUGGCGUCUGGGGUUCCUUGCUCUUCCUUAUCAUGUAUCUAUUUUGACAAUAGCAUCUAUUGCUUUGGAAGAGCAAAUAAUUACUAUUGUCUAUCUAGGAGAUUUGACUUGGAUCAAAAUCGGUGAAUAAGAUUUACCUCAAUUCCAAACGUUGAACCUUAUUGCAUUAGCAUAAUAUUUAAGCGGAAUAUUUUGAUUUCUGAGUAUUUUAAUAAAAAUCUUUUGCUAUACUCAAUUGAUAUUGACUCCUUCUCAAUAAUUCCUUAUAAAUUUGCAGCACAUAAAACAAAGUUUCUGAUAAAUACAAAUAGAUUGUAUUUAAUUGAAUGCGGCAAUGGAUCAAUCUAUGAAAGUGAAAUUGAAAGUUACAUAAAUUGGCAACGAAUAGCAGAAUCAACAAUUGAUUUUAGUUCUCAACUGUAUUGUUCAUAUAAUAAAGGAGGAAUAUACAUUGGUAUGAUCUCAAAUAAUUUCAGUGCAUACUAUUAG